CUUUCACAUCCGCGGAUGUGAAAAAAUCAGCAUCCGCAACAUCCCUGAUCUACAAUACGUGAAAUAAUGAAUAAUGGAUUAAAUUUACAUAUUUUAUGUCGGAACAAAAUGAAAAUAUAAUUUUUAAAAACCGCUUACACAUUUUUCAUAAAUUGUCAGGCUUGGCGACUACUAUUUCGAAUAAAAAUAGCGUCCCAAGAUUCAAGACUAUAUCGCAAGCCCCUUAGAUAUAUAAGCCCUUCCCGCUGGCAGCUAUUAUUUGACAGGUCGUUUAAAUGCCUAAUUAGGAAUUAGACACGAAUAAUGUCUGGAGCGCAAUAAAAGCGAUGGCGUUUUUAAACCGGUUAGUUCACUGGACCGUGCAACAAGUGCAUAAAAAGGAGGAAUCCUAUUAAUUUUUACAUUUAAAGUUAUUUUUAUUUGGUCAAGUGUUGUGUUGUAUAAUAAUAUGUUUACUACUUUUUUUUCUAAAAAAUUAAGUGCUGAAUACCUGCGGGCUGCAAUUUCAACGGUUUGGUUUUUUAUAAAAUGGUAAGUGUUCCCUACUUUAUACUAUCUACGUUAACCCUUUAUAGGAUACUGGUUAUAAUUAUUUUUUUUUACUCAAGAUUCUAAAUCCGUAAUAUCAGUAACCGUGAGUGGACCAUCUGAAAUUUCAACAGAGGCGACCACGGUAACAUCAAGUCCUGCAACAAGUUGCGGCGGUUGUAGCAGCAGAACAGCUUCUACUGAUACAGAACCCGAUGAUACCAUCCUCGUCUACAGUACUUGAACAAUCCACUUCAGGUAAUUCAGCUUGUGUAAGAAGUUCAGUAAUGUCAGCUACCGAAAUACCUGCUGCAAGUGACACUUUCGAUGAAGGCUUUAAAGAGGCUAGUGUCGAUAUAAUUCCGUCCGACCCCGGUUUGUGGCCCGAAUGAAUCACCAUUAAGAUAGCUAGAAUAUUGAUUAAACGUUGUCCGCCCUUGAUAGACAUCAGUUUUAGCUUUCAUAGUAAUAAAGAUAAGAGAAAGUUUUUCUGCAAAUAUUUUGUAAGAAGUCUAGCAAAUGGAGAAAAAGUCGAAAGGACUUGGCUUAUUAUUUACUCUAUUUCUAAAGAUUCUGUAUUUUGUUUUUAUUGUAAGUUGUUUUGUAAAACUCCUAACACUUUUUGUGAUACAAAUGGAGUAUCUGAUUGGCAACACUUGUCUUUGGUAAUGAAGAGACACGAAACAUCAGUUUUACACAACAGUUAUAUGAACACUUGGGUAAAUUUAAAAAAAUGUUGGAGACAUCUACGACUGUUAAUGCUCAUCACCUGCGGAUUUUAGAAACGGAAAAAAAAUAUUGGCGCGACGUGUUGGAAAUAAUUAUUGCGAUUGAUAAGUAUUUAUCUUCACAAUGCUUGCCAUUUCAAGGUUCUUCUAAAUUACUUUUCGAACAUGAUAAUGGAAAUUUUCUAAAAGCUGUUGAGAUGAGUGUCUCUUUUGAUUCAGUGAUGAGACAGCACGUUAGCCGAGUGUGUAACUCCCAAAAAAAAUCUGUUAAAAUGACUCAUUAUUUAGGCGUGCAAAUACAGAAUGAAAUAAUUGAAUUAUUGUCGUCUAAAGUAAGAAAUAAUAUUUUAGAAAUCGUUCGCAGUUCAAAAUAUUUUUCAAUAAUAUUAGAUUGUACACCAGAUACUAGUCAUACUGAGCAAAUUAGUCUUGUUCUGUGAUAUGUUGUCCUUAACACCACUUCAAAAAAGGUUGAAGCUAAGGAAAGUUUUAUUGCGUUUAAUCCAAUACUGGACUCUACAGGGGAAGGGAUAUACACAUUUGUGAAAGAAAUUUUGAAAAAAUUAAAUUUAGAUAUAAAGGUUAUGAUAAUGGGGCAAACAUGAAGGGAAAGCAUGUUGUACUUCAAAAAAGCAUUCUUGGUGCGAAUCCGAGAGCCCUUUUUGUACCUUGUGCGGCUCAUACUUUGAACUUAACAGUAAAUGACGCUUCUAAGGUGUCAGAUGCUACAAUAAACUUUUUUAAUCUUGUGCAAGAGUUAUAUAAUUUUUUUUCCACAUCCACAAAAAGGUGCGAUGUUAUGAGAAAAAAUGUCACCGGGAUAAGUUUAAAGCCUUUAAGUGAGACAAGAUGGUCCAGCAGAAUUGAUGCAAUAAAGCCCCUUAAACUUUAUUUAAUCAAGGUUUGCGAAAGUCUUCUAGAAGUAGCUGAAGAUAAUUCAUUUCACAUUGAUGCAAGACAUAAAGCGAGUUCCCUCUUAACGUCUGUACAAAAUUUUCAGUUUAUUUGUGGAAUUAUUAUUUGGCAUGACGUUUUAUUUCAUAUAAAUAUUGUCAGCAAACAAAUGCAAAGUGCUACAAUUAAUAUUAAAGUAUACCAAACCUACUUAAAAAAUUUAGUUGAUCACUUCCAGCAAUAUCGAUCUGACCAAUCAUUUCAAGAAAUUCUUGUACAAGCGAAAGAAGUAUCACUCUCUCUCGAAAUUGAACAAGACUUUCCACCGUUACCAACGGUCAGGAGGAAAUUUAAACCAAAACUGUUUGACUAUGAACACCGAGAUAAGACCCCUUAUGAUCCAAAAACCGUCUUUAAAAUUGUUUUUCCUAAAAAUUAUAGAUCAAACUUUAAGCUCUCUAAAAAACUUAUUUGACUUAUUAAAUGAGUUUGAUAUUUUCGGAUUUUUUAGCGACAUAUUCAAAUUAAGUGACAGCGAUCUUUUAAAACGUUG